GGGAUUCUUCAGCUUGUACAUCUUUGGAUUGCUAAUGUCUAAGGCAAAGGGGUGUCUCCUGAGGAUAUUAGGGUAUGGGAGAGGCAAUGAAACACUGAUUGGAUUGCUGAAGGACCCAAUCUUGCUCAAUAUUAAACACGCUACAGUAUAGAGUAUGCAAUAAUGUCCACGGGACCUGAGAACUGCAUGGCAAAGAGGAAGCCAUGCAGUUCCAGAGCCUUGCUGACUUCUGGCUCGGGGCUAUCAAUCUCCAUGGAGUUACCUGUUUCCAGCCAAAGAAUCUAGGGCCACCAGGCUUCACAGUCUGAACCUCCUGCAGCUUUCUAAGCACGUCCCUAUCAAGUUCUCAGAGGAGCCAUCACUGCUUUGUGCAGACACCUCAGUGUUUUCAGACCUGAGCAGUCCAGUCUUAAGCAAUAUGCCCCCUAUCCUGAUAGUUUGGGAAUAGCCCCUGAGUAUAGAGAGUGCCACAUGGACUUCUGACUGUGGCACACCACAAAUCUGUCAUGCCAAAUCCCCAGAUGGAUUUAGGACUUGUGAGAACUGUAAACUUGUUCUGUGUGUAGGACUGACUCUCUUCAUACAUAUAUGAAGAAACACAUACAUGAGUGUGUGUGUGUGUGUGUGUGUGUGUGUGUGUGUGUGUGUGUGUGUGUGUAGUAGGUCAGUAGAAAACUCCUGAGAGUUUGUUCUCUCCAGUGUGGAUGUGAGUAUCAAACUCAGGUAGUCAGGCUUGGCAGCAAACAUCUUUACCCAGUGAGCAAUUUCACCAGGCCUGUGCUGGCCUGGCUUACAUUGUGGAAGAGUUUUUGGCUCCCUUUCUUCCGCUGGGAGCCUGCUGGACUGGCUCCUCGCUUUUUGCUGCUUAGCCUUUGUAUUUCUCCAGACUAUUCUCUGUCUCUGAAUUCCUUUGUGUUUUCUCACACCCUUCUAUGUUUUCCCUCUUUGCCUAACAUCCCUCCCCCUUCCAUCUGACUUUUCUCAAUCCUGGAAUCUCAUGGAAACUGCUUCUAAUCUUCCAUGUUGGCACACCCCUCACAUAGCCCCGCAAAAAGGAUUCUUGAGAAAUAAUAACGCCAUCACAGAGAAAGGCAAUAUCUUCUGUCAUGCAUGUAGCUUCUGAGCAACAUGAGUGUAGAGAAUACCUUACUCCCCCCAAGAAAUAGGAAGGAGGACAUUGUGUUGAAUUAUGAUGUGAUUCCAUAGGUUAUCACAGUCGAACUCCUGCCUUAUGUAUGUAGGAACCAUUUCUUCACCAUUCUGAGCAAGGGGAAUGGAUGUUUCUGACUCCAAAUUUGGGGCGUACGCAUAGAGUGGGCUGUUGCACUAAUAGAUUUCUUUACCUUUAACCCUAAGCAUCUAUCUCCAUGAACUUUUCUGCUAUUCCUGUAUAUAAUGCAGAUAUAAUAGGUUUAGAAAUUAACCCUUCAUUAGAUCUGAAAUGUAGGACAGCAACAACAAAAAAAACCUCAGCUGUGCUCUUGAAUGUCACCCACAAACAGAAAGGCACGUAGCCAAGUUUCCCCAGUUCUUUGUUUCAUCUCCUGGUGUUGCUUGGAUAUUAGUUUAUCAACAUACGGAAUUCCUGCUACUGCUGUGUGACUAGAAAACGUUGCAAGAAAGCUACCUGGGGCAUGAAUGUUAGCAUUUAAAACAGGGACCCACGAUAUAAGGUACAAGACAAAGAAAAAUGAGGAGAAACUUGAAAAAGCAGUACCAGCCCCAGAAUGUUCCACAAAUACCUCGCAUUCAAGUGCCUGCCUCUGCUGUUGACAAUUCAUUACUAAAGGACCUAAAUCAAGGGCAGCAACGCUACUUCUACAGCAUCAUGAGGAUUUAUGACUCCAGGCCCCAGUGGAAGGCCCUGCAGACCCGCUACGUUCACAGCCUUGGGUACCAGCAGCAGCUGGGCUAUAUCACUCAGCAGGAGGCCUUGUCUUGUGCUGCUCUGCUUAGACAUUCAACCAUGCAAGCCUCAACCAAGGUAGAUCCUCAAAGGACCAUUCCCCAAAACUCUUCAGCCACGCAAAGAAAAUGCCGACCAGCAAAACCAGAGUCUAGAAUUAGACCCAGGGCCCCCAGCACAGCACACUGAGCAUCAAGACCCGAAACUAUGCAUAAUCUCUAAAAUAGAUAGCUUAUCUGUGUAUUCCUGGCAAGUGGGUUCUUGGUAUGUGUUUGUUGUAUGACAAUGAAUAAAAAAAUACUAAUAUAAACUCCAGACCUACACAUAAUCCCAUCUUCAUAUAAAUGUCACCAACAAGAAGAAGUUGGAAGAUUUGCAAGCUAUAGAGCAGAUAAUAAGCAAGGUUUACCACAUAUAAUCUGUAAAAUAAAAGGGCUUUCAAAGCUUUCAAAGUAAAAGCUGCUUUUGAGUUCCAGUGUCCCAGUGAAGUCUCAGGGGAGUAGAAGGGGACAAGUGACUGGACCCCUCUCCCUGGGUGACAGCUGCCGGCAAGCUGCCCAUCGCACAUCUGAAAAUACACAAAGCCACACAGUCAAUACUGAUUACGGAGGUUUCCGGAGUCACAGUGUCAGUGACGAGCGCCACAUGCCUUUUCCUACCUUUAUCCCCACCAGGCAAUGAGAUUCACUGUGGUCCUGAAGUUUCUGGUUCUCUUGACUCAAUCGAAUUUCCGUCAUUUUUGAAAUUUGUGCUCUUCAGUCUGCUACUGCCAGGCUGAUUCUAGACAGCUGUGAUUGGCCUUGACAUGGGUAAGCUAAUUCAUGCACACACCUGCCCCUGGCAGUUACAAACACUCUCAGCAGAACAGAAAACAGCCCCAAAGAGUUGAUCUCAAGUCUUGUCUUUGAAGAUCUUAAGAACUCGUACAAGCCCAUGCAAAUGAGCAGAUGAGAAACGGCCAGUCAGGUUUCUCUGCAAAUGGCACAGUGUCAUAUUAGUUAUGUUUGAUAAUGACUUUCUUCACCAGUUUUUCUCCUGUGUGUGCCAAAAAUUAGUGAUCCUAUACAGUCAAAUUAAAAACUGUCACUCCCUUACUUUAUUUUUUAAUGCCAUUCAUGUCAGCCAAUGACUGUCACCCCAUGAAGAAAUUGUUGAGAUAGAUCUUAUUUUACAAGAGAGAUGGAACAUUCAUUCGAAAAGAAGUUGUUACAAUACUAACACACACCCUUUCCAGCCCAAACCCAAAAUAACAAAAACACAAAAUUCCCUCAUUGAUAAUUGCCUUCUCUCUGUAGCCAUUAACAUAAAAGGUGUGAAAUCAGUCAAAGGCUUCUAAAGAGCCUCAUUGUCGGGUCUAUGAUUCCACCUGACGUUUCUUUGGAUGGUGUGAGGGCCAUGGUUGUCCCACCCAUCUGUCAGAAAGUCUUGGGAAAGCAGGAACAACCUCUGACCAGAUGGAGACUAUGCUGCUGUGGCUCAUGCUGUUCAUCAUCAGCGUGGAGAGACUAAGGGGCCAUUUGCCUAAUCAUGAAGCAGCUUCUUGAGCGCCCUGGCACUGAUUCAAGUACUCUGUGUAGAUCACACUGUUAUAUUAGGGGUUGUUAGGUAGCUUUAAAAAACCCCAUAGAACUAGGGUGAGCUGUGAGGUAACCCUCCUAAGAGGUAGAGGAUGAUGGCAGCCCUAACAGUCGACAUUAACCUUCCCCUGUUUCCACUCUGAGCCUUUUAUCUCUGUGAACUGCUGAUGUGCACUUUAUCGUGGGCUUUUGUGACUUGGUUGGCCUAGGUACCUGCUGAGUCAACGUUAGCCUGUGGUACAGAAUAACAGGAAUAACAAGCAUGGAGGAUCCGUGCUGCAACCCUGUAUCAAAAACUCUCAGGAGCAUUGGUUUCCAACAGAGGCUUUCACAAUCCUAUGGGCAGCUGAAUGUCACUGGCCCGUAAGAAGGACAAAUGGGCUUAAUAGAUGUAAAUGGGUGCAGGAUCCCUUCUUGCUGAUUCCCCCUUCUGAGAAGAUGUUUCCCCUACAGCUGGAGCCCCACAUUUCAAGCUUAUAAAGAUGUGGUAGGUUAGAAAGCUUUAAAAAAAAAGAUGCUCACCACAAAGAACACUGAGAAAGAUAAGGGGUAGAAAGGACACACGAAGGUUUUAGUUAAUCCUAGUGCUUUGACCAAUUGGAGAUCAUGCUGCUGUGGCUCACAAUGGCUGCCAUCAACACAUGGAGAUCAAGGAACCAUUUUACCUAAAAUUGCUGACACCUGAAAGAGACCCUGACUGUGAAAAGCUGUCCAUAAUGCUUGUUGAACAAUACUGAUGUUUUCAAAGUCUGCAAUCAGACUGGUCUCUGGGUUUGGGAUGUGCUUCAAGGGUCCCAGGAAGCUACACAACUAGGGAGGCCUGGCAGUGGUUUUCAGGGAGAAGUGAUCAGAACAGUUCAUCCAAGGUGCAGCAAUAGCGGGGCAGCAAAGAAUUUCCAAAAGGUAAUAAAGCCAGGUAAAGUUGGUCUCCAUUUUAUAAUUGCCGCAAGACAGUCAGGGAUAGAACGUGUUCCCCGCUCCUUCCCUGCUAUAAAUCCUAAACAAUUGCUAAGGGAACACAUGUUCUGGGUUUUAAUUAUCCUUCUUGUCUCUGAUGGAAAGAGUUUGGAGAACUUCUUGUGUUAUGGUCCAGAUAUUGUUUGGUUGUACUGAAUGGGACCUGUGUUGGGAGUUUUGUCCUCAGUGUGCUGAUGUGUGGAGAUGGGACAGAGCUGUUGUGAUGCGGAAUUUCACAGGUUUAUGGGGAGUUAUGGGAGACAUCACUCUCAGGGGAUUUGGUGUGGCUCUUAUGAGACCCCAGGUAGUUUUCAGGAAAAGGCUGUCACAAAGCCCAGCAGUCAUAAGACAGCAAUUCUGAUACCUCCUUGUGCCUCUUGGUGAGCAGCCAUUUUGUAAAUAUCCAAGUGUUCUUAGACAAUUGUAUAUUCUCUCAUGCAUGACUGUGGAAACAAAACAUUGUGCCCAAUAAACCAUACUCAGUAAUUUUUUGAA